AAUCUCAACUUUUAAUAAAGAAACACAAUUACCAAAACAAACAAGCAACAUAAGAGAAGGAAAAAACAAUAGAAAAGGGAAAGAAGAGGAGAGAGAAAUAGAAUAUCCUUUGAGAAAAGGAUGAGCCUAUCCUUAAGAUAUGGAUAUGGUAUCUACAUGGCAACAUUCAAUUGGUUGAAACCCAACAUUCAAUUUUUCCAUAGGCUGAGAAAAUUCCACAAACAAUUAUUACCCAUAAAACAUCUGAUUCUUUCUCCCCCAAUAUGUGGUUAUCAUUAUUUCAUUUGGGUUUAUCUCUUCAUCUUCCAAAGCAUUGACAUAUUGUUGAUUCAUCAGUUAAAGAGCAUAGAGCAAAAAGGAAAUUGAAAGACCAAAGGGCAAUGGCAAUGGCUGCCUCUAACCUUUCUUGCAUUGCUUCUGGAGUUGUCAUCCCUUCUUCAACUACCAUUUCUUCUUCCUCUUCUAGGUUAUCUUCUUUGGCCUUCUUCCCCAAGAAUUCCAAUUCUAUUUCAAGAUCUUCUCGAUUGGUUAUCCGUGCCGCCGCCUCCGACGAGGCUGCUCCCCCACCCCCUGCUGCCGCCCCCGCUGCCGCCACCGCCGAAGAGCCCAAGCCCAAGCCUGCCCCUAUUGGUCCCAAAAGAGGUGCCAAGGUGAAGAUUUUAAGGAAAGAAUCUUACUGGUACAAGGAUGUUGGAUCUGUUGUAACAGUUGACCAGGAUCCCAACACUCGAUAUCCAGUUGUGGUUAGAUUUAACAAAGUAAAUUAUGCAAGUGUAUCAACAAACAACUAUGCACUUGAUGAGAUUGAAGAAGUUGCUUAAGCUUUUUUAGUUUGCUUGUGUAUUUUUGAGUUAAAAAUGUUUGUAUAAUACUCCAAUUUCAAUCUAUUUCUUCCCUCUCUCCA